AUGAGACUCUCUCAAAAUCCUGUCAGGCACUACCUGUCUAUUCUCUUGGUACCGCUCCUCACCGCCGCUGUGGUUCAUGCCUUUACGAACCCUAUCCGCCAGAUCAACGGCAGUGACCCGCACAUGACCUACCAUAACGGGCAGUACUACCUGACCGCGACAUCAUGGAACGACGUCCAGCUCACAGCAGCUUCGACCAUUGAGGGUCUAAAGACUGCAACACCCGUGGCCAUCUACUCAGAUAGGUCUAACCCGCGACGCGCGAGGAACUGGUGGGCGCCGGAGCUGCAUUUCGUGCAGGACCGGUGGUACAUCUACUUCACCACGAGCAUUGACGAUCCAGACUGGGCGGUCAUGCUGCCGACACUGACGCAGUGGGUCCUCGGGGGCCCAAGCGGUGCCAAUGCGAACCCGCUGGUCGGGGAGACCAAUGCGCAGUGGGAGUUCUUGGGGAUGAUCCGGCCAGAGAAUUACCAGGGCGGCAUGCUGGACGGUACGAUAUACAACAUCAACGGCCAAGACUAUUUCAUCUUCUCCUCCGUCAAUGGCACCGCCUCGCCCAACGGCGCCUCCCUGUGGAUAUCCAAGCUCCUGAGCCCUACAACAGUCAGCCCAGCCACGCUGAUCGCCUACCCGCAAUACCCAUGGGAGAACAACUCGUCCGCCGUCCUCGAGGGCCCGCAGGGCAUCCGCUCCCCCGUGACGGGCGACACCUAUCUCGUCUACUCGGCCAACGACUGCAACACGCCCGACUACAAGCUCGGCACGCUGCGGCUCGUCGCGGAGGACGCGGACCCUUUGCUCCCGGAGUCCUGGGAGAAGCUUCCCGAGCCCUUGUUGGUGACCGACGUGGGCCGGGGGAUCUUUGGCCCCGGGCAUAAUGGGUUCUUCAAGAGCCCUGAUGGCACGCAGGACUGGAUCGCGUACCAUGCAAAUCGGAACGCGAGCGGCCGGUGCAAUGCGUACCGGCAGACGUUUGUGCAGCAGGUGCUGUGGGACACGGAGGAUGGGAGUCCGAGACUUAGUCCCCCGGUGCCGCCUGGCGAGGAAAUCGAGGAGCCCAGUGGGACCGGCGGAGGUAACGGUGGAGGAGGAGGAUGCCGCGCAAGAAGGAGGGGUUUGUGGUAG